UUGGCUAAAACCCUAGACAUCGCCAGUCUUCUAAGGCAUCUUCAUUUCCCUCCUCUCAUGGCUGCCUCCGCUCUCCGCCGUGCUUCACAGCGCCGUGACCUUCACUCCGCAUCUCUCUCCGCUUGCAGAUCCUUGACUGGAAAUGCAAAGACUUCAUUGGCUAGCUAUCCUCUGGUCAGAUGGGCAUCCUUGGCUAGACCCUUUAGCUCAAGACCUGUUGGAAACGAUGUUAUCGGUAUUGACUUGGGUACAACCAAUUCAUGUGUAUCGCUGAUGGAUGGAAAGAACGCUAGAGUGAUUGAGAAUUCUGAAGGAGCUAGAACCACGCCGUCUGUGGUUGCCUUCAACCAGCAGGGGGAGCUAAUUGUUGGAACCCCAGCCAAACGUCAGGCUGUGACCAACCCAACCAACACAUUGUUUGGAACCAAACGUCUGAUAGGGAGACGUUUCGAUGAUGCUCAAACACAGAAGGAAAUGAAGAUGGUGCCAUACAAGAUUGUUAGAGCCCCCAAUGGGGAUGCUUGGCUUGAAGCCGAUGGAAAAAUUUAUUCCCCAAGCCAGAUUGGUGCAUUUGUUCUAACAAAGAUGAAGGAAACUGCUGAGGCAUACCUUGGUAAAACGGUGACUAAAGCUGUCAUCACUGUUCCUGCUUAUUUUAAUGACGCACAAAGGCAGGCCACCAAGGAUGCUGGGCGGAUUGCUGGGUUAGACGUUGAAAGGAUUAUCAACGAACCAACUUCUGCUGCACUUUCAUACGGGAUGAAUAACAAAGAGGGUAUCAUAGCAGUAUUUGACCUUGGAGGUGGAACUUUUGAUGUUUCUAUAUUAGAAAUUUCUAAUGGUGUUUUCGAGGUAAAAGCAACAAAUGGAGACACUUUCUUGGGUGGAGAGGACUUUGACAAUGCACUACUAGAAUAUUUGGUGAGUGAGUUUAAGAGAACUGAUAAUAUUGAUCUCUCAAAGGACAGGCUUGCCCUACAGAGGCUACGGGAGGCAGCUGAAAAGGCUAAGAUUGAACUUUCAUCUACAUCCCAAACAGAAAUCAACCUUCCAUUCAUAACUGCUGAUGCUUCAGGAGCAAAACAUUUAAAUAUAACACUAACCAGAUCCAAGUUUGAGGGUAUAGUCAGCAGCCUGAUUGAGAGAACUAGAAUUCCAUGUAAGAAUUGUUUGAAGGAUGCUGGAAUAUCCAUCAAUGAAGUGAAUGAAGUAUUGCUUGUUGGGGGAAUGACUCGUGUCCCCAAGGUGCAAGAAUUUGUUUCUGAAAUUUUUGGCAAGUCUCCCAGCAAAGGGGUUAAUCCUGAUGAGGCAGUUGCAAUGGGAGCUGCUAUUCAAGGUGGUAUCCUUCGAGGUGAUGUUAAGGAGCUGCUUCUGUUGGAUGUAACUCCUCUGUCACUUGGAAUAGAAACACUUGGAGGAAUUUUCACUAGGUUGAUCAACAGAAAUACAACCAUACCUACGAAAAAAUCACAGGUUUUCUCUACUGCAGCUGACAACCAGACUCAGGUUGGAAUCAAAGUUCUUCAAGGUGAACGUCACAUGGCAGCCGACAAUAAGAUUUUGGGGGAGUUUGAUCUUGUUGGUAUUCCGCCAGCACCUAGGGGCUUGCCACAAAUUGAAGUCACAUUUGACAUAGAUGCCAAUGGGAUUGUAACUGUUUCUGCCAAGGAUAAGGCAACAGGAAAAGAACAGCAAAUCACGAUCCGAUCAUCUGGCGGUCUUUCGGAGGAUGAGAUUGAUAAGAUGGUGAAGGAGGCUGAAUUGCAUGCUCAGAAAGACGAGGAGAGAAGAGCUUUGAUCGACUUGAGAAAUAGUGCUGACACAAGCAUAUACAGUAUCGAGAAGAGCUUGAGUGAGUACAAAGAAAAGAUUCCAAAUGAGAUUGCAUCAGAGAUAGAGUCUACUGUGGCAGAUUUGAGGAAGGCAAUGGCAGGGGACAAUGUAGAUGAAAUCAAGGCUAAAAUGGAUGCUGCCAAUAAGGCUGUUUCGAAGAUCGGAGAGCACAUUAGUAAGGGUUCUGGUUCGGGUGGCGAUGGUUCCCCUGGAGGGUCGUCAGCUGAUGAUCAGACUCCAGAAGCAGAAUACCAGGAGGCCAAGAAAUAGACACAUGAUAGCUGACUCAUGUUUUUCAUCCAAUUAUUAAUUUGAUCAAUGAUUCAACCUUGAAUUAUA